UUUACAGCUUUCGCUUUCUCGUGUGGAACGAACAUUUUUAAACAUUAUUGCUUUGUUUGGGGAAAAAAGAAAUAAAACUCCAUUAAAAUCGGAGUGUGUUUUUCUAUUUUAUAGACCCUUUUAUCCUUUUUUUAAGCGUAUGAGCCGCGCAGUGGAAUUCUGUUUCGUCAUUUCUCCGCUUACGUUCAAAUGAACAGCUCGCACGUUUCCUGGAGUGUAGUGGUUCGCAUUUCAGGAAAACUUCACUUGAAGAAUCGCGAUGCCCUUGCAAUACAUUCCUGCAUUUCAUUUAGGUCGGAGUCGGAAAGACCUCUUGAACGUUAUGGUUAACAAAGCAACAUCAACAAGAGUGUCUUGUAUUUAACAGUUUUAGAAGAAAGAAACUUAAAAAUGUCAAGUGAUUAAGAAAGGUUAUUUAGUUUGCUCUUAUAGAAAACUCGAGAAAAUAUGGCUCAAAAGUUGGAGUCAAAAGAUUCUUCCGAAAUUCUUACGAAGUCUGAUUCUUCUUCAAAGGAAUGUCGGGUGCACUUUAAUAUAUACAAAGGAUUCAAGAUUGUCAUUUGUAAACCGUUAGUGCCUUUGAAGCUUACAGUACUGUUUUGGUUUACAGGGUCUUAUGGGUUAAUAACAUAUUUGACACUUUUGUUCAAGCAACGUGGACUUACAUUGGAAGAGAUAUCAUUGAUGUACUUAUUAGUUAGUGUGACUCAGCUCAUAUGCAACACACUUUGCGGCAUCAUGUCAGAUAAAAUAGGACGACCAAGUAUCAUAUCAGUAAUAACAUUGGUAUCCACCGCAAUUGUUGCCUUAUGCUUAGCUUUUAUUCCUGGAGUAACAAAGCCUACAGUUAUCAGCGAUCUUCACUGUGGCAAAACUAGUUUGCUACAAAUUGAAAGCAAUCAAAUUUGUGAAGCCACUGACUCAUUACAAGCUUGUAGGAAAAUAUGCACCAAAAGCGAUGAAUUUCAAUGCUGUGACCAGAAUUUGGUGCACAAAAUUCUGUUGAAUGGAACAAACAAUCACUCAGAAUUCAGUUUUGAUUGGUGCUUACAAAAUUCAACAGUAGUUUUAAUUGCAAAUGACACUCAUUCUUUGUGUGACAUGUACUAUAAAAAAGCUUGUGGAUCCUUUUGCACAGAAAAAAGACAGGGAAAUUCUGAAAGAACAAAGAUUGUCAUAUUGCACGUAAUUCUGGCAAUAAUGCUUCUGACUGCUAUAGAAAAUAUUUUUCGAUUUGUUGACAUAUUGAUGGUAUCUAUGGCAAAAUCUCACCAAGCAGAAUAUGGAAAGCAACAAUUUUGGUCCAUAGUAGGCACUUUGAUUGGACCAUCGAGUGCUGCGUAUGUGAUACACAUGACAACCGUUUCAGAAGAAACACCAAACUACACAUCUUGUCUAUUUUUAUUCGCUAUUCUCGCAGUAAUAACUAUUGGAAUUGUCUGCACUUUGAAAGCAAGGAGACAAGAACCGGCAAAGAAUAUGUGGAAAGCGUCGAUGACAUUGCUGACAGAUUUAGACUUCUUAUUUUUCACUUUCGUUCUUCUAGUUCUUGGCGGAACGUUUGGAUUUCAGUUAAAUUUCAAAAAUGUAUAUAUGUCAGAUAUAGGAACACCAACAUACCUUAUUGGCCUCAUGGAUACUUUUGCUGGAUUAUGUGGAUUGCCAGUUCUUUUUACCUCAAAAUGGCUAACACAGAAAAUAGGGAAUACUAACAUAUUCAUUCUAGCUCUUUUGGGGUAUGCUUUAAAAUGUUUAGGAUAUUCUUUCCUCAAAGUUCCUUGGCCAGCCUUCUUCUUGGAAACGAUUACUGCCCUAAGUUACCAUCUGCUUUGGGUAGCUGUCAUGAACUUUUGUGCCGAAAUCUCUCCACACGAUAUUAAGGACUCGGUAGUUGUUUUCGCUGGCACUCUUCACUUCUCAAUAGGAGUGGCAUGUGGAAGUACAAUCGGUGGUUUACUGAUGGGAUCUUAUGGCGGGAGUUUCGCCUUCCGAGUCAUAGCUGCAGUGGAUUUUGUAGCUGCAAUCAUAUACAGCAUCUUCAUAUACAGCAAGAGGCUAAAAAGCAAAAAAAUUCUAGAGAUUUCAUAAUAGUUCAAGUUAAGUUAUGAUUUUAAAUGUGCCUGAAAAACUUUUAUGACCUUAGAAUAUCAAAAGAAAUUAGGUCAGCGUUUAUCACGAUUAUUUUUCCUUCCAAACACAAUAAUUGCUUUCAGCGAUGGUAAGACGUUCCUGUUAAGGAUGUACAAUUUGUAGCAGAGUUUCCAUUUAAAUGAAAUGUUAAAGAAAUUAGUAUUCAAUUAAGAUCAAAUUUUUAUGAUUUCUAUAUCUUUCAAGAAAGAAACUGCUUUGGAGGAUGAUAGUUUUCCUCUUAAAAAUUAUACGUCGUAAAACAUUUCCAAAGGUUGGUUUCAUAUAUUUCAAUGUAAUAACGCCAAUUUUUCUAUUUUUAACGAAAAAAAUUUUAAUCGAUCACCAGAUAUGGAGAGACAUUGUUUUUGUACAGCAGACAACAUUUUUAUCUAAUACCGUUUCAGGAACAUACAAAUGCAACAAACUUUUAGUUAUAAACAUUUUUUCGUUUAUAUUAUUAUGUUCAAUCUUCAAAUUUUGACAUUUUAUUGUGAAUUUUUAUUGUCAAGUAAUUUAGAUAUGUGCACCGAAAUUCCCCCCUCCCCAAGACUCAUUCGAAUUCUUUUUAUCAACUAUUAAUAUUAUUUUCGACAAUCACGAUUCUGUGAGCUUCCUAACUGUAGUAACAUAAGGGAAUGAACUGAUUUUCCUUAAGAAGUUAUAAAGCAUUAUCUGUAACUAAAGUUUUGCACUACAUGACUGUCGCAGAGUUUUGACUAGUAUGAUUUUUAUGAUUUACAUCUUGUGAAUCAUCAUGUCAAAGCUUUUCUAAUGAUUUUAUUGAAGCCAAACAUCAUCAAUUCAAAUUGAGUGAUUGUCAUAUAACGAUCUUUUAGUAAAUAGUGAACCAAAGGCUGCCAUUGUCAGCGAAUUGUGAAGAAGUACAGUUAAAGUCUCUAGAAAAUUUGACGUAAGAAUGGGGUAUUAGACGUUUCAUAUUUUCGAUUCAUGUGAUCAGAACAUAUAAUCUGAAGCACCAGAAAAUCUGAUUACUGAGCUUUCAAUGAACUUGGAAUAACGAGUAUUGAUGUCAGUUCAAGUAUGGGAAAAGAAAAGGAGGAAUGUUUAAAAAAGAAUGGAAAGCGUUAGACUUCAUCAAGACGACCCCCCCCCCCUGGUGACAUCUCUUAAUUGAGGAUAAGAAGCUUCCAGCAUGUGAUUGGGUCUCACCGCCCUGGUAGGUACACAAAAAAGGCGGGAGUAUGGCUCCACCCAUCGAUGACGGGACGUACUUCCAAAGGAAGAGGCCGAUGAUGGCCCUUAGGACUUAACCACAGUUCCAGCCACUAUUUUGCUGUUGUGGUGGUUCGUCCAUUCAGAUUUUUCCGUGUGCCUUCCGACGAUUGGAGUAGCCAGUUUAAGUUUCAUCAAGACGGGCAAUCAAAUCGAAACAACCUAGGCAACUUUCCAUCGACAUAAUUCUUCUUCAAUGCAAUUUCCAUUUAUGCAGUGACUCACGGGAGCUCCAGUGGGUCACGUCUAUACACGGUCAAUUCAAGGAAGGAUGCCUUCUUUCAACUCCUUACAACAGACCUUUCACCUAGUGAUUUAAUGGUGUUGAUAACUUGAAAAAAGUUUUGAGAAUGCUAGGAUUUCCAUCGAAUGUGAACGUGAAAGAUGGUUCUAAAAUUUCUCUCAGAAUGGCCACAGCAACGUUGUUGUUCACUUGCUAUUCGUUGUGAUAAAUAUCUCGCGAGUUUCAGUAAAUAUUUCGAGCUAUAAUGAUGUUUUCUGUUCCUGCCCCGAUGGCUGAACUAUUGAACGACGCAUGAGACAUUUUUUCGAAAUUAAAAAAAUUGGUUCUGAAAUAAUAUGUAUUUUCUUUUAUUGUCACAAUAAAAUCCUUACAAUUUUGGCUAUUUUUCCAAAUAUAAUCUUUAUUAAUUAGAUUUUAAACAUGAAUAUUCUAUUGAAUGGAAUCAAUUCAUAAUGACGUGAAACACAUCAAAUGCGCAAUUCCCUUUUAAUAAUGAAAUUCAAUGCACAAUUUGUUGUACAAUGUACAACAAUUUACUUCAAUGUACAACUACUGAAAGACACAGUCAACAAAUGUGAAAAUAUGUAAAUUGAUGCUAGAUACUGUAUGACAUGAAUACUUAUAUUUGUCACAUUACUGUGGCAAUAUAUUUAUUGAUUUCAUUUCUUUUAAAGUACUGCUAUGAAAUUAGAUUAUUAAUAGAUUUAUAACAUUAAUACUGUUUCAUUAAUAGAAUCAUUCAUCUGGCAGUGAAUUUGAGAAAUAAAAGAGCACAGGCACUCAUAAUAAAUAUAAUAUUGAAUCUUUACAUAUAUUUAAAAGCUAAAAAUAUUUUAAAAGUCAAAUAUAACAAAUAUAUUAAAAGAAUACAGUGUUUUUAAGAAAUACAAACUUUUAAAAAAAGUAUUUUUUUUUUUAUAAAAGCAUUAAAAUGGGAAGAAUAAUUUCAUUUUCAUUCCAAUCUGAAAUUGU